CCUACUCUGCAGUAUCAGUCAAGAGGUAAAUAAGAGGUAGGGGGUAGUCACGUGGCUCCGGAGGAACCAAUGGGCCUUUAGGAGGAAGCCUUCCCAUUCACAAUUCCAAGGUAACCCUAAGCCCGUGGGAGCACGCCAGAAGCAGCCCAGCGAGCCAAAGAACUACAGGGUCCUGGCACACACGACCCUCCAGUCCCGGGAGCCCUGAUUUUGCUCCUCGGGGGAUUCGUUCCCCUCCCUCCAUCUCAGGGGGCCCAGAAUUGGACAUCGUGGAGGGGCUCCAACAUUUCUCCCUCUCCAUUUCCCUCAGGAGUCCGAGCAGGAUGCUGCCCUGUCCUAUCACUUCCACCCCUUUCUCGGUCAAAGACAUUUUAAAGCUGGAGCAGCAGAGCGCUCAGAGCGGGGACCCUCAGGGAUUCUUCCCCCAGGAUUUGCAAGAGCCUCCGGCCCUGCAGCCACCCCCUGCUUGUCUGCACAAGAAACAAGAGGCUACCUACAAUUCUGGGGACCUUCCCUUCCCGGUGGAAGACGAUCAACGCGGAAAUUGCAGGAGGCGUGAGGAGGAGUAUGAGCUCAUGAGGAGCUCCUGUGAAGAAGAAGAAGAGAUGGACCUAAGAAAAUCUCUGGCCGCGGACUCUUUCGAGCCCAGGGAGAAGAAAGACGACCCGUGCGAACGUCCCAAGCAAAGGCAGAGGCGGAAACCCAGGGUUUUGUUUUCUCAAGCUCAAGUUUUCGAGCUGGAAAGGCGGUUUAAACAGCAGAAGUACCUCUCGGCUCCGGAACGGGAGCAUCUCGCCAGCCUGCUGAAACUCACCUCCACGCAAGUCAAGAUCUGGUUCCAGAACAGGAGAUACAAGUGCAAGAGACAAAGGCAAGAUAAAUCGCUGGAGUUCUCGGCCCAUCCCCUUCCUCCCAGGAGGGUAGCGGUCCCUGUACUAGUCAGAGAUGGCAAACCGUGCCUUGGGGGCUCCCAGGGUUACACUGCCCCUUAUAAUGUCACGGUCAGCCCUUACUCCUAUAACACCUACUACAGCGGUUAUAGCAAUAGCCCGUACAGAGCAAACUACAGCGGUAGUUACUCUGGGGGGCCCGCGAGUACCACACCAGCCAGUCACAUCAUGAACAUGAGCUUUAGUGUCUCCAGCGCUGCUCAGACCCAGCAGGGUCACUUGCAAGCCACGCUGCAAGCAGGGAUCAGGGCUUGGUAAAUGUCUCCCUUGAAACUGACCACCUGGAUGAUGCUGAACAUCGCAAGGGCAGGAGGGCGAUCAGAAGCCCCGGUCCAGCCCCAUGGAGACUCUUUUAAAAGACGCUGUGUUAGAAAAAGGGGGUCUCUGGCGCUUUCAGGUUCUGAUCCCUGGGGACUAAGCUACGGAUCACUUUAUUUAUUUAACAUGGGUGUUUUUAAAUACAGCCCUUCCUCUGUCUCUCACCUUCUACCCCCCCCCCACCAAAGGUAUUUGCUUCUCCAGAAUGCAAGAAGAGCAGUGAUCAUCCGAGUCCAACCAACCUAGUGUCCUUCCUAAAGACAAAUUUGAAAGUACUGGUUGUGCACCUUUCUGUACAUUUAUUUUCAGCUGACCAUUUUAUUUUAUUCCUUAAAAAAAAAAAAAGUUUAUCCUCUGUGAUAAAGUUCGGAUAUACCUAUCUUCAUUCCUGCCCAGCACACAUUUUUCAUUUGUGUAUGUUUUUCAAUUUAAAAAAAUGAAACACCACAUUUUUUUCAAUUACAUUGUUCACACUUAAAAAAAAAGUCUGUCCUGUCCCACUCAAAAAUGUGCAGUUACCACGAAAUCUGAUUCAGCACAGCAAUUGGAAAUAAAUGCUCAAGUUAUCAAAAAGAGAGAGAAAGGUCAUAGUCUAAUGGCCUGAGCAUAGCUCUGUAAGCCAGGAAUUCCUGAGCUCUGAUCUUCGACACUGACUUUCUCUUCAACCCUGGGCACAUUCUUCAACCUCUCUGCUUCCCUUCCCCAUACCUAAAAUUGGUUUAUUUUAUUUCACAGGAAAGUUGUGAGGGUUAAUUAAUUAGUUGCUGGGUCAGAUCUUCAGCUGGUGUCCAACAGCUUAAUUAUAUUGAUUUCAAUGGAGCAAUGGCGAUUUACAUAGCUA